AUGGUUUGCCUCAACUGCUGCAAGGGGGGGGCCGUCAAGGGCAAGCCUCCUUCAGAAGCAGCAGCAGCUGCAGCAAAGGAGCAGGAGCAGCAGCAGCAGCAGUACGAGGACUUCGAGGACCUCACCCCGAAGCAGUCAGCAGCAGCAGCAGCAGCAGCAGCAGCAGCAGCAGAUGGGUGCCUGUCAGUGACCAAGGAAGAAUCCCCUGGAACAGCUGACGAGAACGGAGCAGCAGCAAACGCUGCAGCAGCAAAUGAGGAGAGCAAGGAGGCGGAGCCGCUGCAGCAGCAGCUGCAGGAGGAGCUGCCUCAGCUGCAGCAGCAGCGGCAGCAGCAGGACCAGCAGCAGCAAGAAGACGCUGGGGAAGCAGCAGCAGCAGCAGCAGCAGCAGCAGCAGAUGACGAUAACGCGGACUUUGCUUCCGCCGUAGAGGGGCCCUCGCCUCCUCAAAACAGCUCAUCGCCAGUUGCUGCUGGGGAGCAGCGCGUGCGGCAGCUGCUGCUGCAGCAGCACCUCCAGCAGCAGCAGCAACAGAAGCAGCAGCAGCAGCAGCAGCAGGAGGCAGCAGCUGACUCUUCUUCGAAGGGCGCCUCUGCAGCAGCUGCGCCUCCCGCUGCUGCUGCAGCGGCAAGUGGCCCGAAGAAGGCAGCAGCAACGCCGCCGCCAGCAGCAGCAGCAGCGCCGGCCCCAGCAGCAGCAGCAGCAGCAGCAGCGCCACCAGCAGCAGCAGCAGCAGCGCCACCAGCAGCAGCAGCAGGAGAAAGCCUCUCAGCAACUCUUUCUCGAAUUGUGCAGCAAAGCUUUGAAGACCCAGGGGGCUUCUGGGGGCGGCUAGUAACUUGUUUGACCCCGGGGCCCCCAGCCCCUGCCCAGGAGGAGGGGGGCCCCCCCGAGGGGCCCCCAGGGGCCCCCCAGGGGGCCCCCCCCCAGGGGGCCCCCCAGGGGGCCCCCCGGGGGCCCCCGGGGGGCCCCCCGGAGGCCCUCGACAGGGACCAGGAGCCCGCUGAGGAGUUGGAAGCAGCAGAUGUGUCUCUUCCGGCGAGUCCGGUUGCAGACAAAGGUGCAAGAAAAGCAGCAGCAGCAGCGCCUGCAGCAGCAGCAGCAGCAGCAGGGGCAGCAGCAGGCGCUGCAGCAGGCGCUGCAGCAGCAGGCGCUGCGCCGGCGCCUGCAGCAGGGGGAGCAGCAGAAGCAGCAGGAGCUGCAGGCGAGGCGGAGCGCUCGCAGGGGUCUGCUGCAGCAGCAGCAACUGCUGCUGCGGAAGCAGCAGCAGCAGCAGCAGCGGCGAAGAAUGCGGCGCAGCAGCUGCAGCACGGGAGUUCGGGAGCAGCGGCGUCAGUGAGCUGCGGGGACAGCACCGCAGACACGGCGAUGGCAGCAGCAGCAGCAAGUGCAGCAGCAGCAGCAGCAGGAGCCGCCUCUGCUGCGUCCGGUGCAGCAGAAGCAGCUCUGGCUGCUGAGGCGGCGGAGGCGGGCAGCCGGGGCGGGGCCGGCCCCGCUGCAGCAGCAGCAGCAGCAGCAGCAGCAGCAGAGGGCGCUGCGCCGCUGAGCAGCAGCAGCAGCAGAAGCCGCUCAGGCAAAGGCCUCAGCCCCAAAGCUGCUUUGGAACAAAUCUUGGUGAAGAAGUGGCGGCAGUUAAUCUUUUAUGUUGAAGAGGAGUUGCUGUUCAAGGCGCAGCAGUACUUGCUGCAGCUGGAGCAGCAGGUGGAGCAGCUGCUGCAGCAGCAGCAGCAGCAGCAGCCGCGCGACCCCGAGCUGCUGCAGCUGCUGCAGGCCUUCCAGGAGCAGCUCAACACUGACCAGCGGCUCGUUAAUCUCCGAGUUAAAAUCUCAAUUGCUUCCAAAAUGUUUGAGAGUUUUCAUUUGAGUCAUUUGCGUCUCAUUUGCGAAGACCCGCGGCUGUCUUUUGCGGAGUCCGGGGCCUCCGCUGCAGCGCAGCAGCAGCAGGGGGGGGGGCCCCUCGGGUUCGCGUCGGGGGCCCUCAAGAUCCCCGUGGGGAAGGCGGGGGGGCCCCCCGGGGCAGCAGCGUCGCCGCUGGGGGCCCCCGGGGGGCCCCCCAGCAGCAGCACGCAGGCAGAAGCAGCAGCGGGGGCCCCCGGCGAGGGCCCCGGGGGGGCCCCCCAGGGCGACAGCGUCCGCAGCAGCCGCAGCGGGGAGGGGGGCCCCCCUUUUCCCGAAAGAAAGACAAGUGCAACAAAACUGAAGAGUGGUUUGAGAAAUAUGGGCCGGAAGGUUUCUUUGGCCCGCAGGGGCAGCAGCAGCAGCAAAAAGGGCAGCAGCAAAAAGGGCUUCAGCAGCAAAAGCAACUCCGACGAAGAGGGCUGGAUCCGAGAAAAAGGGAAGUACCUGGACUUGUGUUACCGCGUGGAGAAGGAGAGUUGCGUGUCGAUGAAGGUGCGGGGCAAACUGCCUUGCGCGCUCUUCGCCGUGUUGGCGAUUCUUAACGAAUCGGACUUAGCCGGAAAUUGGGCUCCGAUGUUCAGAAGUGCGGAGUUGGUGGCGACUUACAGCAGAGCUUCGCAGCUGCUGCUGCAGACAUUUGAUUAUCCUUUAUUGGGAUUAAAAGAAACAGUUUUAUUUUCCUUCGGAGUCAACGCGCUGGAGGAGUGCGGCGCGGUGAUCAUCUUCUGCUGCUCCCCGCCGGAGCCUGCUGCUGCUGCUGCAGCAGCAGCAGCAGCAGCAGCAGCAAGCUUCCUCGGCCGCCCGCUGCCGCCCAAAGGCAAACUCCCCAGGGCCCAGUCCGCGGACUUGGUAUUUAUUUUGUACCCUCUCUCCGGGGGCUCCCAAACCACUCUUGAACUCUACGGAGCUUUCCACCACGGACUUCGUUUUGUGCCGCAAAGACUUGUGACUUUCGUUUUGAAAAAAGUAGUUCGCGGGAUGUUUGUGCAAAUCGCGCGUCAGUGCCAAAACUUCAACAACACUCCUUACCGAGAACGUGUUAACAACAACCCCACCUUCUACUCCUGGAUGAAGGACUGCAUCGACGACUACCUGCAAACCGACCACCAACUCAAACAACUCGAGUCCAUUUCCCUCUGCUCCUUCAACUACGAAGACUUCCAGGACACCUAA